AUGUGCCCGACGAAGCCCGAUCGCCCUGGCCAGGCCGCCGGCUCCGGCGAGAAGAGCUGGCGGGAGGAGGCCGUGGCCGCGGGCUCGCUGCGGCUGGUCGACCUGGACCGCGGCGCCAACGGCUGGGCCUCGCCGCCGGGGGACCUCUUCCACCUGCGCGCGCGCGGCUACUUCAACUGCGGCGGCGGGAAGCGCGGCAAGGCGCCGUCCGCCGCGGACUGGCUGCUCCGCCCCGCCGGCGUCGACUGGCUCCGCUCCCACGCCCGCCUCGACCACGUGCUCGCCCGCGACGACAACCGCGUCGCCGCCGCCUUCCGCCGCGCGCGCCUCAGGAAGGACCCCACCGCGCACUUCCUCCUCGCCAUCAAUCUCCAGGUGCCGGGGCGGCCGGACGCGUACAGCGCCGUGUUCUACUUCGCGGCGGAGGCACCCAUCCCGCCUGACUCGCUGCUCGGCCGCUUCAUCCACGGCGACGACGCGUACCGCAACGCGCGCUUCAAGAUCGCCAACCGCAUCGUCAAGGGCCCCUGGCUCGUCCGCGCCACCGUCGGCAACUACGCGGCCUGCCUGCUCGGCCGCGCGCUAACGUGCCGCUACCACAAGGGCAACGACUACCUCGAGAUCGACGUCGACAUCGGCAGCUCCGCGAUCGCCAGCGCCAUCCUGCAUCUCGCGCUCGGCGCCGUCACGUCGGUUACCAUCGACAUGGGGUUCCUCGUCGAGUCCCAGUCCGAGGAGGAGCUGCCUGAAAGGCUGUUUGGCGCCGUGCGCAUCGCGCAGAUGGAGAUGGGCGCGGCCAAGUACGUGGAGCUGCACCCUGAUGAGGCCAUGCCUGAGACGGCUGGCAGGGCCGGGGCAGGGUUCAGGGUAAGCUCGGCGAAGGUGGUCAAUCAUAGCCGCCAACAAGACCAUGCCGGCGGCAAGGUCGGCAGGUCGAUGAGUUGCCCAGAGCGAGAGAGCGGAGGUGAGCGCUGA